UCCCCGCCGCUCUCGGGUGGUGGUGUCUUUUAAAAUUCACCGCAACAGCGUCCGGCGCACACCUCGAGGAGAGGACUCGGAGGGCCCGUCGUUUCCGAUCAGUGCGACCAGAUCGUGCGACGUUUGCACUUUAUUUCAAUCACCGUCGCUGACAGUUUAAUCCGGACGUAAGCAUCGGUUUGCCGAACAGCGGGAGAAGGUGGAUUCAGGGAGAAGCCAGCCAUGGAGGCUUGGAUUAUCUUAACGCUGGUGACAUUAACCACGGCCGUUCCUCCUAAUCGAGUACCGGUCCGCGAGAUCCUGCCUCCGCACACGUCGAAUCGUCAUCAGCAAUUCGUUCCCUCGUUCCAGAGGGACGCUGUUGAGAGUCCGCCGUCUACCACCACCACGUACGACCGUCUGUCGGAUAAUGUAAAUUAUGACGACUUCGGCUCGCGCAGGUACCCAUUGCGCGACGCGGUCGAGUCAUUGCCCGUUAACGUCCUAUACGAAGAGUCGAAUUCCGAGUUUCAAGACGAUUACGAAAGCGAUAACGGAAGAGUGCCUCUGAGAGAUGCGGUGGAACAUCGCGUGCCGCCUUUUCUCGGUGCCGGUGUUGAUCACGAGUCUAUUUGGAUCGAGCCCGUUACACCGCCGAUUCUGCGAAGAACGCAUGAGCCCAAAAUCAUCUGUCGUUAUGAUUCCAGAGCUGUUCACAGGACAGAACCGUUUUCUUUGUUUCUACAAAACAUACCGAAUUACAAAUGCACACAUCUGAUUUACGCUUCGGCUCUCAUUGACGAAAAGGGAAUUGUGAUCCCCAGCGAUCCAGAGUACGACCGAAUCAAAGGUGGUUACAAUUCCGCCACGGAACUUCGUUCGAAGGAUCCAGCGUUGCGCGUGCUGAUAUCCAUCAAAUUUGCAAAUCCACUUUCUAGCCUGAAUAUCGAACAAGUUGCUCGUUCUUCGAACUUUACGUUGCUAAGAUCUAUUCUCGAGUUCCUCGACGAAUAUCGUUUUGACGGUAUCGAACUUGAUUCGCCAACUGCCGGUGAAAACUGGUCGGCUUUCAAGACACUGCUGAAACGAAUUGGCAUCUCAUUGGCUAAGAAAGGAUAUGUUUUCGCGGUGUCAUUGAACCCGGAAGAUCCUGUGGAUUCGGAACUUCCAUCGAUCGUCGAUUUGAUAACUCUGAAGACCUGGCGGGAACUUUCGACUUGUCGGAACUGCGAAUCGACGACGAAAUUUGCUCUUCAUCCCGGUCCUUUGAGUUUUGUCGCGCACAAAACAAGCGAGUGGAUAGCGCAAAUAAGCGCCGAACAAAAAUCGAAGAUUGUUCUCGCGUUGCCGAUCUUCGGUCAGGGAUACAUCCUGAAGUACGCGAAUCUCACCAACGCGGGUGCGCCUGUUCUCGGACCUGGUAAAGAAGGUGUUUACACCAAACGUCAAGACGGAAAAUUAGCAUAUUUUGAGGUGUGUGAGAAACUGGAGGACGGUUUGUGGGUCUUUGGAAGGGACGAUGAAGGACCGUACACGAAACGCGCCAAUCAAUGGAUCGGAUACGACGAUCCGAUAUCGGUGAAAAUCAAAACGGCGUAUGUCCGAGCUAUGGGACUCGGCGGAGUCUCGUUAUAUUCGCUGGAUCUGGAUGAUUUCCAGGGUAUUUGCGGAAGUCCUUGGCCAAUGCUGAAUACCGUUGCACGAUCUUUGGGAUAUUACGAGGACGCGCCGACAAAGAAGUGUCCGAAGGAUGGUCUGUUUCGGGAUCCGGACAAUUGUUCAGGAUUUUAUUCUUGCAUCGAAGGAUUGCAGCAUCAUGGCCAUUGCGGAUACAAGCGUUUCUUCGAUCCGAUCGAGAGACGCUGUGUUGUGGCUACGAUAGAAGAAUCUUCAGAGAUCUGCAAACUUAGUAUUUUUGAUCAACUGGUCGGUCAAGGUACGUCAUCCGCGACAUCAUCGGAGCCAAAGAAAAUGUUGCUGCGACAGGAAGGUCCGCGAGUUGUGUGCUACGUUACGUCCUGGGCUCUUUAUCGUAAAGGGGACGGCAAGUUCGUGCCGGAACAUGUGGACUCGCAACUCUGCACCGAUAUCGUCUACGCAUUUGCUGGGUUAAAUCCCGAAACUUUACUGAUCCAGACGUUCGAUCCUUGGGCCGACAUCGAAAACAAUUUAUACAAACGAAUAACUUCGAUCAAAGGAUCGAGAAUUUUUCUCGGCUUGGGCGGCUGGACGGACAGUGCGGGUGACAAGUAUUCUCGACUGAUUGGCAGCGAUUCCGCUCGUCGCAGAUUCGUCACGACUGUGAUAAACUUUCUGAAAGAACAUAACUUUGAUGGGUUGUCGCUCGAGUGGAGUUACCCCAAGUGCUGGCAGAGCGACUGCAAAAAAGGUCCGGAUUCGGACAAGCCGAACUUCACCAAGCUGGUGCAAGAACUACGAGAUGAGUUCAACAAGCAGGAUCCGCCUCUACUCCUGGCCGUUGCCAUGGCGGGUUACAAGGAGGUUAUUGACAAGGCGUACGAGGUGCGCGAGAUUUCGCAAGCCGUCGAUUUCAUUUCCGUUAGGAGUUACGAUUAUCACGGUGCCUGGGAGUCCAAGGCGGGACACGUAGCACCUUUGUUCUAUUCACCUGGUGACAGCAAUCCUUUUUACAAUGUUAAUUUCACAAUGAACUACCUCGUCAAACUCGGGGCUGAAAAAUCCAAGCUUUUGCUUGGUAUUCCGUUGUACGGUCAAUCUUAUCGACUCUCAAUAGCAACCCAAGCCGAGCUGGGCGAUCCCACAACCGGUCCCGGUAAACCGGGAGAGUUUACCAAGCAACCUGGAAUGUUGGCUUAUUACGAGAUCUGUGAGAAGAUCAAACGAGAGGGUUGGAAAAUUGGGAUCGGUCCAAGCGCUCACUUCGAAGAUCAGUUGGUGGGUUACGAAGAUCGUGAGAGCGUCUACGCAAAGGGUAAAUACAUCAUAGGGAAUGGCUACGGUGGUGCUACAAUGUGGACAAUCGAUUUGGACGAUUUUCAAAAUCGCUGCUGCUUAGAAUCUUAUCCUCUGUUGAAAACUAUAAAUCGCGCAUUAGGUCGAUUGUCGACGCCUAUCUCGGAGAAUUGCGAUCGUCCACCUCAACCGGUAACACCCCAAGCGCCAACAUUGACCACCCAUAGUGACGCCGCGAAUGGUAUUCCGCGACCGACUUCGCCAAUGACAACGUCGACCACUAAAUCAACCACGUGGCCCACAUGGACCGAGAGACCGAGCACCAUCACCACCACGACCAAACAAACAACGAGAACCACGUGGCCUUCGUGGACUUGGACGAGACCAAGCAAGAUCCCAGAAAGUUCAACAAAACCUGGUUCGACUCAAAAACCGAGUACAUCCGUUACCACUGCCGCUUCUACAUCAAGACCAUCGAGCACGCAACCAAUGACGACGCAGAGACCCAUGACCACACCUGAAAAAACGGAUUGCAUGAACGGCGAGUAUUACAGCGAUCCCGAGAAUUGCGGCAAUUAUUACAAAUGCGACCGCGGCGUGUUGAGGCGCGAACAGUGCGCGCCUGGAUUGCAUUGGGAUGCUAAACGACAUCUCUGCGACUGGCCAUCAGCGGCAAAAUGUCAAGCGGGCACUACUACUACUGCUUCGAGCGGACCUUCAUUGAGCUCGACGAAGAAACCGUCUACAAUUACCGAAACUACGACAACUUCGACGACAACCUCGACGUCAAGAAGAACAACGACGACGAAGAUGACCACAAGGUUCACUACGUCAAAACCUGUCGUUUCAACGUCGACGCAAUUGCCGCAAAAACCGUGCGAACACGGAGAAUAUUAUCCCUAUCCGGGUUCGUGCGUGAACUUCUUUGUAUGCGUGAACGGUAAUCUUGUUUCGCAACAAUGCGGCCCGGGUUUGAACUGGAACACCGAAAAGAACACGUGCGACUACGCCUUCAAGAAUCCAUGUGUCGAAAAGCAACCGAACAAGAGCGCUCUGCUUAUGGAAAAGGAUACCGUUUUACCUCCCUGCGUCUCUGGUAGCUACAGCAAUGUACCGGGUGAUUGCAAAAGCUACCAGGCCUGUCUCUGGGGUCGUCAAGAGGUGUUCAAGUGCGCGCCGGGUUUGCACUUCAACAAAGAGACCCGCAUCUGCGACUGGCCGUCUCGCGCUAAGUGCACAGAUGAUGAGAGCGAUGAGGAAACUACCGCACAAGCGACCACGAUGUGGACGAUGACUACAAAGACGACACUUUCGCAAAGACCGAUCACAGAACCGACGUUCACUGUGGAGACAACACCCGUUACGUCGAUCACGAGUCAACCCGCAUCGACUUUACCUUCGGCGAUCGUAGAUCCUGACAAAGUGUCUUCGCUGUCUGGCUACUACAAGAUCGUGUGCUAUUUCACCAAUUGGAGCUGGUAUCGUCGUGGAAUUGGCCGUUACCUGCCGGAACACAUUGAUCACACCCUGUGCACGCAUAUCGUUUACGGUUUUGCGGUGUUGGAUUAUUCGGAUUUGAUUAUCAAAGCCCACGAUUCCUGGGCUGAUUACGACAAUCGGUUCUAUCAGCGAGUUGUAGCGUACAAGAAGCGAGGACUCAAGAUCAGCUUGGCACUGGGAGGAUGGAACGAUUCCGCUGGCGAUAAGUACAGUCGAUUGGUUCACAGUCCGACUGCCAGGAAGAAGUUCGUUGAUCACGUUAUUCAGUUCCUCGAGAAAUACGGAUUUGACGGAUUGGAUCUGGAUUGGGAAUACCCCGUCUGCUGGCAGGUGAAUUGCAACAAGGGGAAGGACACGGAUAAGGAGAACUUCGCGGCUCUAUUGCGGGAACUGAGCGCCGAGUUCAAGCCGAGAGGAUUGUUGCUCUCGGCGGCGGUCUCGCCGAGCAAAAAGGUGAUCGACGCGGGAUACGACGUUCCCGCACUGUCCAAAUAUUUGGACUGGAUCGCGGUUAUGUGCUACGACUUUCACGGUCAAUGGGACAAAAAAACGGGCCACGUGGCGCCGUUGUAUCAACUCCCGAGCGACUGGGAACCGACGUUCAAUGCCAAUUUUUCGAUCAAUUACUGGAUCUCGAAAGGCGCGCCACCCAGAAACAUCGUCAUGGGCAUGCCGUUGUACGGUCAAUCGUUCACAAUUAACGAUCCUCGAGCGGGAACCGGUCUGAACUCUCCGGCCAGCGCCGGGAACGCCGGCGAGUUCACCAGGGCUGCCGGUUUUCUGUCCUAUUACGAAAUUUGCGAUCGGGUGCGCAAUCGCGGUUGGACGGUGGUUCAGGAUCCGGAAGGAAGAAUAGGUCCUUACGCGCACAAGGGUAGCCAGUGGGUCAGCUUUGACGAUCGGGAAAUGAUCAGACGCAAGGCGCAGUUUGUGCGCGAUUUGGGUUUGGGAGGUGGAAUGGUGUGGGCUUUGGAUUUGGACGAUUUUCGCGGACGAUGCGGAGACGGGCCUCAUCCGUUGAUGCGCGAAAUUCAACAAGUGCUGGCGAAUCCGCCGAACGAGCACGACAGACCUGCGAACAAACCCUCGAAGCCGCCGGUCACGACGAUGGCGCCGACCGUCGACAGGCCCGUUGCGCAAACAACACGACCGAUCACAUCGGCGGUAGACGCGCAGAACAAUUUUAAAGUCAUCUGUUACUUUACAAACUGGGCGUGGUACCGACAGGAAGGUGGCAGAUUCGUUCCGGAGGACAUAGAUCCCGAACUCUGCACCCACGUGCUUUACGGCUUCGCCGUUCUCGACGGGAAUAGUUUGACGAUGAAGUCUCACGAUCCCUGGGCCGACAUAGAUAACAAGUUUUACGAAAAGGUGGCGGCUUUCAAAUCGAAGGGUUUGAAGGUCCUGAUGGCUCUUGGCGGAUGGAACGAUUCGGCCGGCGACAAGUACAGCAGAUUGGUAAACUCGCCCUCAGCCAGGCGCAAGUUUGUCGCGCAAGUUCUGCGCUUUAUCGAAAAAUACGGCUUCGAAGGUGUCGAUCUCGACUGGGAGUAUCCAGUUUGUUGGCAGGUUGAUUGCAACAAGGGUCCAAAAUCCGACAAAGAGAGUUUCAGCGAAUUGGUUAAAGAAUUGAGCGACGAGUUCAAACCGAGAGGAUUGUUGCUCUCGGCAGCGGUCUCGCCGAGCAAAAGGGUGAUCGACGCGGGAUACGACGUUCCCGCGCUGUCCAAAUAUUUGGAUUGGAUCGCUGUUAUGUGCUACGACUUUCACGGUCAAUGGGACAAAAAAACGGGCCACGUGGCGCCGUUGUAUCAACUCCCGAGCGACUGGGAACCGACGUUCAAUGCCAAUUUUUCAAUUAAUUACUGGAUAGAAAAAGGUGCGAAUCCCAAAAAGUUGAUCAUGGGCGUGCCGUUGUACGGACAGUCGUUCUCGUUGGCGGAGAGAAACGAGCACGGAUUGAACGCGCCAACUUAUGGCGGGGGCGAGGCCGGAGAAGCAACCAGAGCAAGAGGAUUCUUGGCAUAUUACGAGGUCUUUUAGUUUUUGAUAAUUUUUGCAUAUCAAAAGCAUGUACUUAACACUUUACCGACCGCUAGCGUUUCAACAGCAUACGCACGUCCGACCGGC